GGUUAUUUUUGCAGACACAAGCCGGCGGAGUGUCUUAUCCUACCUCCGGGAUUUGGAGCAGUGGCCGGCUCUUGCUGCGAGAGGCGGCCUUCAGAAUUCCUGGCCCGUGGCGUGCAGCUGUGGCGUAGGGCUGUGGCCAAGGGGAGAGUACCGGCUGUGGGCUGUGAAGUCAACAGACGAGCGUGAGUGGCAAUGGCUCCCGGGGGCUUCUACCUGGCCUGCCUGCUGCUGGGCUGCCUGGGCUUCCUCUGCGUCCUCUUCACCACCUACUGGGUCCAGCACUGGCGCGGCGGCUUUGCCUGGGACGAUGGCCUGCACAUGUUCAACUGGCACCCAGUGCUCAUGGUGUCGGGCAUGGUGGUGCUCUACGGAGCCGCGUCGCUGGUGUACCGCCUGCCGCAGGCGUGGCUGGGGCCUCGGCUGCCCUGGAAGGCCCUGCACGCAGCCCUCCACCUCGUGGCCUUCGUCUUCGCCGUGGUGGGGCUGGUUGCUGUCUUCCGGUAUCACAGCCACUCCAAGGUUGCCCACCUCUACUCCCUGCACAGCUGGCUGGGUCUCGCCGCCGUCAUCCUCUUCGCCUGCCAGUGGUUCCUCGGCUUCGCUGUGUUCCUGCUGCCCUGGGCGCCGCUGUGGCUGCGCAGCCUCCUGAAGCCGCUCCAUGUCUUCUUUGGAGCCGCCAUCCUGGCUCUGUCCAUGGCAUCCGUCAUCUCCGGCAUCAACGAGAAGCUGUUCUUCAGCCUGAAGAACACCACCGCACCGUACCAGAGCCUGCCCAGCGAGGCCAUUUUUGCCAACAGCACGGGGCUGCUGGUGGUGGCCUUUGGGAUGCUGGUCCUCUAUGUCCUUCUGGCUUCACCGUGGAAACGCCCAGAGCCCGGGGCCCUGGCCGACACACAGCCCUUGUUGUGCGAGCGGGAGUGACCCAGGGAAGGGCCCCCGGAAGUCGCCGCUGCGGUCUCCACCCCCCCAGAAGAGCCGGGGGCUGGCCUGGUGCUGCUGACGCCUCCUUGCUGGCUGCUGCCCUGCUCCUCUGGGUGUCGCUGGUGUCUCGGCGGGGACGUCGCAGGUCCUGUUGUGCAGGACCCUCACGCCCUGGCUGCGCAGCAGUGCUGCUCUCUGUGAUGGGGCUGGUCCCCAGGAAGUGAGCUGGGGCUCGGCACAGGGCAGCCAGCGUGGAGCCCGGGCUCGGGUGCAGCCUCCUGGGCAGUGAGCUUGUGCCCGGUGGGUGGCCGACUGUGGCCUCACUAUGCCCUGUGUGUGUGUGUGUGAGACUCUCCAUGUCUGCGCAGCACUUCCAUUUCAGCUGCUGCUCCAGCCGGGGCGAGUGGAUGCCGCCCUUCCCCGGGCUCCCAUGUUGUCACCUGUGUCCCAGGAUGGCGCAGAGGGAGGGUCCCUUGCUCCCCCUGCCGGCCCAGGACCCACCCACCCUUCUAGCCCACUGCAGCCCACUGGAAACCAAGGCCACUGUGUGGGGCCCUGUGCUUGCCCACAAAGUGCAGCCCCCUCCCCGCAUGCUGGCCCAGCUCUUGGCGCCUCUUGGGUGAGCCGUGCCAGGCCCUGGGCCUCCCUGGCAGGAAGGCGCCUGGCUGGUCACCUGGGCACACAGCUCCGUUCCCCAGAUGGGCGUUUCCCUUGCUCGUGAGCUUGGCUCUCACUAAACCGUUUUUAGAGCUGA